AUGAAGUUGUUCCUUACUGUUCUCGCACUUACUGCUGCGGUUGCACUUGGUGCACCAAGACCAAGUGGACCGCCUCCAAGCGGAACUCCUCCAAGCGGACCUCCACCACCUCCACCAAGUGGAGCUCCUCCAAGCGGACCCCCACCAUCAGAAGCUUCCCUCGAACUUGCCGGACGACCAAGACCAUCUGGCCCACCACCAAGCGGAGCCCCUCCAAGCGGAGCCCCACCAAGUGGCCCACCUCCAUCCGAAGCCUCUCUUGAACUUGCCGGACGACCAAGACCAUCUGGCCCACCACCAAGCGGAGCCCCACCAAGCGGACAACCUCCACUUCCUCCAAGCGGAGCCCCUCCAAGUGGCCCACCUCCAUCAGAAGCCUCUCUCGAGCUUGCCGGACGACCAAGACCAUCUGGACCUCCACCAAGCGGAGCCCCACCAAGCGGACAACCUCCACUUCCUCCAAGCGGAGCCCCACCAUCUGAAGCUUCCCUUGAACUUGCUGGACGACCAAGACCAUCUGGCCCACCACCAAGCGGACCCCCACCAAGCGGACCUCCACCAUCUGAAGCUUCUCUCUAA